UGGUAAUAUAAGAACCCUUGCCCUUCCUACUACGCUCACGAUCGUUCCAACAUACGCCCAUACUUCAAAUCCGUUUAACAGUAUCUCAUUCGAACCGCCACAACCACAAUGUACCUCCGCGCCAUCCACGCCGAAUCCCACAUCCCAGCCCUCCACCAACUCAUUCGCCAAAACCCCCUCGGCAUCCUCACAACAGCAAUCAAAUCUCCCCUCUACCCCCUCCUCCAAUCAAGCCACAUCCCCUUCAUCCUCGACGUCCCCUCGUCCGAAGACUCAUCAGACGGCACAAUUCCCAAUGGCACUCUCCGCGGCCACAUGGCCAAACAAAACCCCCAGGCCAAGGCCCUGAUGGAAGCACUAGCAGCGCAGCAGCAACAAACCGGCAACAACACGUCUCUCGAACUUGAAGACGAAGUCCUCGUCCUCUUCACCUCCGAACACCACCACUACGUCACACCAAAGUUCUACACAGAGACCAAGCCCGCCACGGGGAAAGUCGUCCCCACAUGGAACUAUGCUGCUGCGCAAGCAUACGGCAAGAUCCGGGUUUACUGUGACUCGAAGUCCGAGGAGACGGGGACGUUCUUGCAGAAGGCUGUGGAGGAUUUGACGAAGCAGAGUGAGGGGUCUAUUAUGGGGUAUACGGGGACGGAGGGGCGGCCGGGGCCGUGGAAGGUGUCGGAUGCGCCGGUGCCGUAUGUGGAGAUUUUGAAGAAGAAUAUUAUUGGUAUUGAGAUUAGGAUUGAGCGAUUGCAGGGCAAGUUUAAGAUGAGUCAGGAGAUGGGAAAAGGGGACCGCGAGGGGGUGGUUAGUGGGUUUGAGGCGUUGGAGUCGGAUGUUGGGAAGGGGGUUGCACAGAUGGUGAGGGAGAGAGGGGAGAUGAAGGAUGCGCAGAAGUAGGUCUACGGAAUUGUUUGUACGAAUGGAUGAGCAAAGAUUUAAAUAAUAUCUGACUAUGUGGGGCGCCAUGCAUGAAGUGCCGAAAGAAUGUCACUAUCUUAGUGAAAACUUCUGGAUAACCGCAGCGGUUGCCUAGCACAUUUAAGAUGGUGGAAGUUAUCACGCGUAUCCUGUCAUAAUCUCGUAUCCUAGAUGUCGUGUGUGAAAUAGACUGCAUCUCAUUUCACUCUGCUGAUUUCGAUUUCGUCCUGAUACACAUACAUGUUUAGUG